AUGUGUGUGUGUGUGAGUCGGAGCUGGGCUCCCCCGGGUGGAGGGAACCUCUGGACUGCGUCCGAGCCUCCGAGCUGUGCAACCAGAACGGCCAGUGCAGCUCCCGGUACCGGAUCAUGCGCCAGUGCCUGUCUGGGGGGGACAAAGAGCGCAGCACCAUGCUGGCCUCCAAGGAGUGCCAGGGGGCGCUGGAGGUGCUGCAGGACUCCCCGCUGUACGACUGCCGCUGCAAGAGAGGCAUGAAGAAAGAGCUGCAGUGUCUGCAGAACUACUGGAGCAUCCACAUGGGUCUGACUGAGGGAGAAGAGUUUUACGAGACAUCUCCCUACGAGCCAAUCCAUUUCUCAGAGGAAUUCCGACACGCCUCCAUCAUCUCAGUUUGGAACGAGCUGAUCGCUUGUCCUCUCAAGAACGUCUCACACAGUGAACUCCGCCUGCACCACCUGCAGGCGCAGCUACACCCGCUGGCCUCGCUGCAGCCGGAGCACAUGUGUCGUGUUUUCAGUUGUUACUCCGACAUGAGGCGUGAACCUUCCCAGGCGGUAACUCAUUAUUCCAAUUAUUCCGACACCACAUGA